AUGGAUAUACCAGAGGGUAAUGGAAACCCUCUGGGUAAUGGAAAUGGUCGAGCUAGGCAGACUCGACCGAUUGGGCUUGGAGAUGCACCAAACCGCCACCAGCAAAGAAGAGGGAUUGUCCCACCUCCUGUCCAGAACCACAAUUUCGAGAUCAAGCUGGGGAUGAUUACCUUAGUCCAGAACAAGAUGUUCCAUGGAUUGUCUUGUGAAGAUCCCAUUGAUCACUUGGAUGAGUUUGAUAGGCUGUGUGAUCUGACCAAGAUGAAUGGUGUCUCUGAAGAUGCCAUCAAGCUGAGACUCUUCCCUAUGUCUCUUGGUGACAAGGCCCAUCAAUGGGAGAAGAGUUUACCCCAUGGAUCAAUCACUACAUGGGAGGAUUGCAAGAAGGCAUUUCUUGCCAAGUUCUUCUCUACUGGUCGCACUGCUAAGCUGAGAAGCGAGAUAUCUGGUUUCACUCAAAGGAACAAUGAGACAUUUGCUGAAGCUUGGGAGAGAUUCAAGGGUUACACCAGUCAAUGCCCUCAUCAUGGCUUCAGCAAUGAGUCUUUGCUUUCCACACUUUACAGAGGAGUUUUGCCAAGAUACAAAGAGAUGUUGGACACAGCCAGUAAUGGAAACUUCCUCAAUCAAGAUGUAGAUGAUGGCUGGCAGCUUGUGGAGAACAUUGCUAACUCAAGUGGGAGCUAUGGAGAGGAGUAUGAUCGCACAAACAGGAGCUCGACCUCCAACUCGAUCGAGUCUGAUAGUAAGCUGAGAAACGAUGUCAAGGCACUCAAUGAGAAGUUGGAUACGCUUAUCUUAGCUCAAUCCACAAUGAAGAAGGCCAACUUUGUUUCUAAAGAAGAGAUGGUUCAAGGCCAAGAAGAGGAGGAGAAUCAGUUUGCUGAAGUGUGCUACAUUAAGAAUGGACAAGGAGGUUAUCAAAACGGUUACUAUGGCUACAAGUCACACCCUACCAUGUCCUACAGUAACACUGAUGUUGCCAAUCCUCAAGAUCAAGUCUACCCUCCGCAGCAACAGGCUCCAGCGAGUCAGCCUCCACAGCAAGGAUAUGGUCAGAAAGGGAAUUUCCAGGGCCAUCAGGGAAAUUAUCAAGGACAACAGCAGAGUGUACCAACUGGGUAUGCACCUCAAGCGCCUCACUUCACCAAGUCAGGAACAAGAAAUAAAAGCCAUGUUGAAGCAGCUCUUACAAGAGUUCACUCUUUGGAACACCAUGCUUCUUCUUCUGCUGCUAAGCAAGGUCAAUUUCCUGGAAAGGCUGUUCAGAAUCCAAAGGAGCAUUGUAGAGCGAUCUUCACUCAAGAGGAAGGAUUUGAUCAACAAGCUGCUAAUGAGAAGGAUAUUGAGGAGAUCUGUAUGCUGCUUAAUAAUGAAGACAAUGUUGUUGCUGAUGCUCCUGGAGUCCAGUACGCUCAACCUGAAGUGCAAGCUCCUCAGAUAGCUAUCCACGCUUCACCGAAAUUGGGUAUACAGAGUCUGAUCCAGCGACCUAAGUCUUCUAUCAUGUUUGGGGAUGCUUCUUCUAAAGCCCCACUUGGUAUUGUCAUGGAUUUCCCUUUGAGAAUUGGAGAGUGCACAAUCCCAAUUGAUCUAACAGUUCUGGAUAUGGUUGACGAGAAGGAUGUGCCAUUGAUCUUAGGGACACCUUUCCUCACCACUGUUGGUGCCUCCAUUGAUUUCCAUACAAAGAAAGUGAUCCUGCACAAUGUCAACAGCAAAGUCUCUUACCCUCUCAAGGCAUCAAGCUCUAAAUAUUGUGGAACCAUUGCCACUAAGUCACUGAGCAUCAAGGGUGAUGAGUUUGCUGAGGUUGAAAAGAUGGAGAUUAUGACUGAGAGCAGCACAGAGCCAGUUAUUUGUGAACCUUGUGUUCUGGAUGAGAUGGGUCUUGCAGUUUUGUUUAGUGAGCAGCUAGGAAGUGCUCAAAAAGAUGGGGAGGGUAUGGCUUUGAAGGCGUCUCCUGGACAUAAAAGAAAGAUGAUCACGCCUCAGACUCUCUCAAGCGCUCCAUCCCAGCUUACCCUGACUCUGUUGCCAUCCAAGUUCACAAAUGGGAAGAUUGAGUACAAGAUCAAGUGCAAGAGAAAGUCUAAACCGUUUUCCAGUAUCAAUGCCUUGGUCAGUCCUGAGCUGCAAAAAGAUCAAACCAAGCUCAAGGAGCUCCUAUCUUCAGUCCUUACUGUCACAUUUGAUGGCGGGACCGCUCUCAUUCAUGCCUAA